GGGAGCGCUGGAGUUUGUCGCGUCGCGUCGCUCGCUUGUAGCGUAUCAUGUGAAAGGGGCUGGAAUUUGACACCUCUGGGGUUCAAACUCUCAUGUGUUUAUGGGACUUGAUUUUGGCACGGACUCCUGUAUUUAGAGCAGAGAGCGUGUCCCGAGGAAGAACCGCGCGCGAGCUGUCCUGGACCUCACGCGUCUGGGGCAGUCAACACAAGACUCUGGACACGAGUUUAUGUGAAAGACGUGGAUGUUCACAAUUAUGCAUCAUCACUACAGGGAGAGGUCGAGAGGAAACAUUCUAAGGAAUACAGUUUUAUUAUCUGUGGAUUAUUUUCACUUGUCCGUUUCUUAAUUUAUUUCACUCAAGUCCAUGACAGGAGAGGUCGAUCAGGACCGAAAAGAUGGCAAAGGGUGGAGAAGUCUGGAGACCUGCAUGGCUGCACCUGCCCGAUGUCACCUGAGGAACUGGAAGGUGAUGCUUCUUGUGUUUGUGUGUCUUCUGGGUCUCGUUGAUGGACAUUUCCUCCAAGAGGAGAAAGAAGAGUCCCGUCCUAGCAAGCUGAGAGCCUCAUCAACCUCUGCAGAACAUCCAGGACCACAGAAAGAUCUAGAUGAGAGGCAGAGCAGAGCGCCAUGGGCACGACUGCAUGAUUCGUCGCUGGACGAGGAAGGCGAGGGUCAUCUGAUCCGGUGGCAGCGCUCCUCUACAAACAGCUCCAGUUCACGGAGGUCCAGUAGGAACCGUAAGGAGCGGCGCAACCGUAAGCGAGGCCGGAGCAGCCAGGACUGCCGUUUGGAGAGGAAAGAGAUGAAGGUGCGUGAUCUGGGCCUCGGCUACGACUCGGAUGAGAUCGUGCUGUUUAAGUACUGUGUGGGGACGUGCAUGAGCGCCCGUAAGAACUACGACCUGGCCCUGAAGGUGCUGACGGACAACGGCAGCGUUCCAAGCCGCAAGGUGAGCCUUCACCCCUGCUGCAGACCUACACGCUUCGAGACCAUCUCCUUCAUGGACGCCCAGACGAGCUGGCAGACCAUCAAAUGGCUUUCAGCGGCCAACUGCAGCUGUGUGGGAUGAGACCAGCUCAGGAGACGCAGCCGGUAAAAUCAACCCAAAGCUCCGGUGUAGACAGCGAGGAAAUUCCAGUGCAAGGAAUCGGAUGCAGCGCUCCUGAUGAUGCACUGCAAACGCAGCGGAUCUGCUAGCAUCAGCAGAGGAACCACAGGGAUACGGGACGUCCUGCAGGGAGAGAUUCUGGGAAGCGAGUCGUCAGGUUCCUGCUCCAGACCUGCAUGGAAAGACUGUGAAAAGUAACUUGAAGUCCUACAUUUCACAUUAUCUGAAACUGGAGAAGAUUUAAGAACGUGGAUGCAUUGAAGGUUCAUUAUAACAGAACAGAAGGUGCUUUAAUUCACUCAUCAGCUAAGCAUGUGUGUUUAAUAUACACACACUUUCCUUAAGCCAUGUGCACAUUACAAGACUGAAGCGUGUCACUUUUUUAUGUUUGUGAGUAGUCUACAACAAAUCUUUCCUUUUUUUCGUUUUUUAUUUUAGAUAUGUAUAUUGCAUGCAGCAUUUUAGCAGUUUGCAGGCCGGUUCUGAAUGCUUAUUGGUGGAGUCCUGCAUCGGCUCUUUAUAAUGAUGAAAUAAUACUCGAUUACACUGCAUGUCUGGACGUAUGCCCGGUUAUAACACUCUCUUCCAUCAUCUGAUCAUCAUUAGAUGAAUUACUGCUGCCAUGAUCGCCAGAAAAUGUACACACACUAUUUUUAACUCUUUUCAACUCUUUUCUAUUUUAAACAAAUUCCGCCUGCUUUCCAUAAGCAGUAAAGGCGCUGAAUUUUAUGAAUAAUGUUGUACUCUAUAAAAGGCCUGUUUUACAUAGAAAUAAAUCAUUCUUGGAUUGAAAAGAACGUCAAUGACCUGAUUUACAUUAUUGCUCAAACGUUUGGAGUCAGUAAGAAAUUUAUACUUUUAUUCAGCAACAAUGCAUUAAAUUGAUCAAAGUGAGAGCAAAAUAUUAAUAAUGUUACAGAUUUUAUGCUGGAAAUUCAUCUUUGAUCACAGGACUAAAUUAGAUUUUAAAAUAUAUUCACAUAUAAAAAACUACUUUUUAAACUUUCACAAUAUUACUGUAAUUUUACUGUAUUUUUGAUGAAGAUGUAUUGCGUGUUGUUCAUGAAUAAUAUGCAGGUGAAUUGAGCCGUGAGUGUUUAAAUGACUCCGGUUGACUCGUGACUGUCUUGUAAUGUGCUCUUGGCGUUACACACUUGCACAAACACAACCAGCAGCUAACCAGUUAAUCCUGAUGCCACAUUCAGUAACCUCUGCUAUCAAGAAAUACCUCUUUAAUUUGAACUUCUUUGAUCAACAUUGUCUUUUGUUUCACUGCUCGAGUGGAUAUCUGUUUUUCUGUGCAUGCUAUUAAGGACUGAAUCUUUGUCGGGAUACGUGACAUUUGGUUUGUCAGUUACAAGAAAUGGUGCCCUGGUUAAGGUUCGUAGCACACAGCACUGUACCGGUUUACCAAAAUGUAUUUUAAUUGAAACAUUGUCACAUUUCAUGUUUUUGUUCUGUGUUUUUGAGUGUUGACUUAUUGUAUGCAAGAGGAAUGACAUACCAAAGUGAUAGAUAGAGAGAUAGAUAGUAAAUCACCUCAGGUAGGGACACUUCUAUAAUCGAUCGUCACACUCUUCUAUUCCAUUUCUCACACUUACUGUAUUAAUCUCAUGGUUUACUUUUACUUUUGCUCAUAUAUCACUUGUAAUGUUUUCAAAGACUAGUGUCUUUAUAACUACCUGUGAACUCAUUCUCAGAGGAAUGUGUCUGAAUCAUGCUCCGCUGUAAAUUCAACAGAAAUAAACAGAAAAUGUUACUUAGUUUAAAAAAUGAAGCCAAUUUUUUGAAAAAAAAAAUACAUCUGUUUCUCCCAAAACUCACAUUCUCAAUACUGUAAUGUAAAAUUAUAAUGCAAAAAUUAUAUCAUAUUUAUACAUUGCAGAAGUAUUUACUAUAGUACAUAAAAUGACUGUUACAGUACAAAUUGCAAAUUGCAUUUUUAUUUUUUAUUAUUAUUUCUAUUUUUAAAUGUGACCAGAAAGUGUUUUCAUGAGAUUCACCCUCAAACUAAACUGUCUUUGAAUGUAAGAGGGAUUUUACCCACUGUUUUGUGUUGAAAACAUCAUAGAGUAGACAUCAGCUUAACCUUCCAAUGUUCUUUUAGAUUACUUGCAGUGUUUUAGCCCUGUUUUGUGUUGCAUUUCUGUUUUGUUUUUGACUCAUAGAUCAUAGAUCUAAUAGAUUAUCUGCUAUAUUAUCCAACCUUUGAAAGAUGCCAGAGAGCAAAGCUUUAUUCAUCAUGUCAUGUUCUUCUCUGACACAUCACUCGCCUUUAUAUCACAUGCAAUGAUGUUGUUCUGAUCUGGUUUGCUUUGGUCAGUUUUGAGUUUUGUUCCUCUGAGAAAGCAGGUUUAUUUGGGAGCUGCUCAUUAUGUUUCACAGCGGCACAGUCAAUUCCUUUUUCUUCAGAAUGGCAUCAAUUUACCCUUUGGAUGCUAUGCAUCCCCUGCUUUAUUUAAGGGAAAUUACUGCUAUUGUUUAAUGUAUUUAUUGCAUUUUUUCUUUUUGGUAUACAUGUUAUCAUAAUUAUAUUUUGUAUUAUUUAUAAAAUGUAUAUACCUGGAAUUUAUUGUUCAGAUUU